AUGGCUGAACAUAAGUUUAUUCUUCUUUGUAUGGGUAACCCUUUAUUGGACAUUUCCGUUGUUGCUGAUGAAACCCUUCUUAAAAAAUAUGAUCUAAAGGCCAACGACGCAAUUCUUGCCGAAGCGAAACACGAACCUUUGUACGAAGAAUUAAUCAAGUCUUACCAACCUCACUAUGUAGCUGGUGGUGCCGCCCAAAAUGUUGGUCGAGCUACUCAGUACCUUCUUCAAGAAAAAUUAACCAUUUAUUUUGGAUGCGUCGGCAAUGAUGGAUACGCUGAAAAAAUGCGUAAAGCCGCUUCGAAAGAGGGUUUAACUGUUAACUAUUUGGUUACCGAUUCGCGUCCAACUGGCACUUGUGCUGUUAUCAUUACUAAUAAUCAUAGGUCCUUAGUAGCAAAUUUAUCUGCUGCACAAGAGUAUAAGGAUUCUAAACACCUUGAUCUAGAUGAAGUAUGGAAAAUUGUAGAAAAUAUAAAAUUUUAUUAUAUUACAGGAUUUUUUAUUUCAUCUUCACAAAGUUCAAUUUUGAAAAUUGCUAAACAUGCAGCUGAAACGAAUAAGCCUUUCACGUUCAAUUUAUCAGCUCCAUUUAUAUGUCAAGUUUUUAAAGAACAUUUAAAUGAAAUUGUUCCAUAUUGUGAUAUCAUUUUUGGCAAUGAUUCGGAAGCUGAAGCUUUUGCUGCUUCGAAAAAUUGGGAGACUAAAAAUAUUAAAGAAAUUGCUUUAAAAAUGGCGAAUCUUCCUAAGAUUAAUACUUCACGUCAUCGUAUUGUUAUAAUUACUCAAGGCUCUGAGCCCACUAUCGUUGCAAAACAAGAGGAUGGUAGUAUUAAGGAAUUUUCUAUAAUUCCAAUUAAUGCCGAAGAAAUCGUUGAUACAAACGGUGCUGGUGAUUCUUUUGUUGGUGGGUUCUUAAGCCAGUAUAUUCAAGGAAAAACAAUUGAAGAAUCUGUUAAUGCUGGUCAUUGGCUAGCUAAUAUUAACCUUAAAUUUGUGGGCCCUACUUUUCCCGAUGAAAAAAUUCCCUAUACUUCUUUGUAA